AUGCUACAAAGGAAGACACAAGAUAAGGCGUCAACGUUGCCUCCUGGCGAGAUCGACCUUUACAUCAGCGGUCCAUUAGAGGAUAAGCGGUACGUCUGUAACUACAAGGGAUGUGGCAAGAAGUUUACCAGGCGUUACAAUGUGAGAUCGCACGUUCAAACACACCUCUGCGAUAGACCCUUUGUAUGUGAGCAUGAAGGCUGUAACAAGGCAUUUGUACGACUCCACGACUUGACAAGACACCACAAGAUCCACGAGGAGUUUGCCUUCAGAUGCGACUGUGGUAAGAAGUUCUCCAGGCAAGAUGCACUCUUCAGGCACAGGGCUAGAAACAUCUGUUCUGGAGGUUUGGAGCCCCAGGAAGUACAGAGGUUGGAGAUGAGGGCAACGCAAACAAGCGUGAAGAAGAAGAAGCAGCCACGUCCACAGAUCAGAAUGGAGAACGAUAAAGUUGCAAAGCGACUGGAGUUUGACAUCACACGGAAGUGUAAGAGCCAAAACAACACACCCCUGGGGUCUCCAAUCCUGGGGUCUAGGAUUAUAUCAACGUCGUCGUCAUCAUCAUCUUCCAACGCGGACGAGAAGAACCAGCUGGGACUGAUAGAGGGAUUCGACCAGCCAGUCUCCAGCCAUAUCUCGGACGCCAAUGAUGACGUCUUUCUCAUAAACGAUAUGGAGUUCGGGCAUCACUUUGAUGACGAUGAGAGUGAUCACCAGCUAUGA